AUGAACGAUGACAACUUUAUGAUUUUGGCUGCAGGACUAUUGGGUGUCCUCCAAAUGUGCGGUUUCUUCGGCUACGAUAUGAUGUCAUUCUUGGUGGAGCCGGCUUGUCACUCGGUACGCGAGCGCUGUCCAGAAUGCAUCAUUCAAUAUGCUGGAUAUUAUGGGACAGCAUUCACCAAUCUCUCCUACACUUUCGGCAAUCUAUUAGCCCCUUGCUUCCUUCCGAUUCUAGAAACUAAAGGAUCCCUAAUCUUGGCCUCAUUUUUCUUCAUAUUCUUCUCGGCAAACUUUUUUUAUCUCCGGACCUGGCUUUUCUUCCCAGCUUGUAUGUUUUGUGGAUUUGGAUUCGCGUUGUUCUUUUCCGGUGGUGGUUCAUAUGCUUUAAGACAUUCAACUGAUCGAACUAUUUCUCGAAAUCAAUCAAUCCAAUGUAUGAUAAGCUCGAUCACGACUGUGAUGAGUGGCGUUUUCUUGAUCUUUUCUUCAAAGUUUUUGGAUGGCGAGAAAGGAAGAAAUAUGACGGAAAUCAGUUUAGCACAGACUAACUCCAACUACCGCUACUAUUCUGAUACAGAGAUCAAAAUUCUUUCAACCGGCAUGACAAUCUUUGCAAUCGUUUCCUUGAUCUUAGCCGUACUAAUGCCAAAAAGAAAUCUAUCCAAUUCUCUUCUAAAAAAGACAAAGAACAUUUCACUAAAGCAGCAAAUCGGCAAAGUCUUCUCAGCUAUUGUACAGAAAAAUUUACUCAAAUUGUCACCACUAUUCGCUUGUACUGGAGCCAUUCUUGCCUUACUGUUCACCAUUUAUCCGACAACUUUUGCCUUCACUGACUCUUUGGUGGAAGAUAAAAACAUGGUCGCAUAUUACUGUAUUGCGACUUGUGUCGGAGAGUUUAUCGCUGGUCUGAUCUUCACCUCCAUCGGCAAGAAUAAAUCGAUCGGCAUUCUGAUGGGUGUUCUUUAUGGAUUUCUUGAUGGAUCAGCGACAAACGCGAGAAUGGUUGCUGCUGCAAAAGCGCUACCAGAAGAGCCAGCGAUCGCUUUCAGUGUAGCGAAAUUCUAUCAGGCCGCUUCUGCAAUGAUUUUCCUCUUCUUGAGUUCAAAACUAAACAUUCAUCAGCUUCACUAUCUCUCAACUAUCUUGGUAUUGAUCAGUAUCAUUUGUUAUAUCUCCUAUCUCCGAGAUUUGAGAUCAUCAAAAGUGUUCACCAGAGAGCUUCCCAAAGAAAAUAUUGAGAAAAAAGAUUUCGAGCAA